AUGUCUUGUUUACAAUUUUUACGAUUACAACAGACAAAUGUAGAAAAGCUUUUAAAUGAUUUGAUUUCAUCAUAUAAAAAUAAAAAAUUCUCUGAUACAAAGAUAAUCGUUGGCUGGUGUCAAAAAGUAGAUGAAUAUUUUGUUAUAAAAAAGCCGAAUGCUACACUCGAUUCUAUGAAUAUUAUUAUUAGAUUUCUUUAUGGCGUAGAUUUCAAUACAUCACAUGAUGUGAAAACACUUUUGAAUACAUUUUCGCUUACGGAUGAAAUGGGCACCAUGGUAUUACAUAAUGGAUUGAAGUCAUAUUUCAUCGAAAAUAUCAUAACAAUUAUGAAAAACAACCCAUUAUUAAUUUUAGAAUUUAUUAAGAUAUUCAUCUUGUAUGAUGAUUUGAAAGAAUUAUUGUUAAAAGCUUUGUGUUUGAAUUCGGCGUUAUUAUUCAAUUUCGAUAACAAAGAAAUUCCUGAAAAUAUUCUCUAUGAAUUAAAAUUAAGGUCAGAGUUAUGUCUGGAAGAAAACUUGCUAUUAAGUAGAAUUAUUCAAUGGUUGUUGGAUACAAAUGGGUUUCCAGAUAAGAGAAGAAAUAUAAAUAAUGAUAUACUUUCUGAG